AUGGAUUCGCACAGAAAAUUAAUGGCUAAGCAACAAAAUGCAUUGCCAAAACUGCCGAAAAUCACCGACGCAAAAGAAAGUAUAUUGUCGAAUAUGAAAGAGCCCAUACGAGUUCACACAGUGAUGCGCGUGAAUCAAACACGUAAAGGUGAAAGAUAUUUGGAACACAAAAUUGAGCUCCUGGGGAAUGAUAGAAAAAUUCAAAAACGUGACCUUACGUUACUGCAACCAAAAAGAAUGCAUUUGCAGCCAGCUGAAAGUGAUAAAAAAUAUCAUCGACCAAAAUGUAAGUUAACUUUAUAUGCUUGUGAUGGAUAUUUACUCCUGACUAGAAUGAUGAAGAUUACACCGGAAGAUAAAAAUAUCGCUAUGAACAUUAUGCACGAAGAAACUCGAAUUUAUGAUAGUGAUAAUGUUAAUUAA